UACCAAACAUGCAAAUAAUGGUCAAAUAUGGUUAUUCUUUGAUGAAAUUAAUACUUGCAAUCAUAUUGGACUUAUUUCCGAUCUUAUAGCCCAUAGAACAUUAUCAGGCAGGUUAAUACAUUAUAACAUUCGCCUAUUUGCUGCAUGUAACCCAUAUCGGCUACGCAAAAAAAAUGUAAGCAAUGUAGGUUUAGAAAAAAAUUAUCAAGAACAAAGUAAAUUAGUCUAUCAAGUACACCCUCUACCUGAUCAAAUUUUGGAUUAUGUAUGGGAUUAUGGUGUUCUCAAACCUGAAGAAGAAAAGGCCUACGUUAAAAUCAUGGUGGAAAGUCAGCUAGGAGUGCACCCAAUAUUUGUGGAUUUGCUUUGUGAAUCACAGAAAUUCAUUCGUAUGGUUGAAGAAUCAUAUACAGUCAGCUUGCGUGAUGUAAAAAGAGCAAUAAAAUUGGCUUUAUGGUUUCAAAAAAGUAUGAAAAAACGUCCACCAGCAGCUCAUACUAAUGGUAUCUCAUUUAUCACGAAAUAUUGGAACUAUCCUCCAAAGGAUGAAAAAACUUUGAUACGUAAUAGUUUUGUUCUAUCACUUGGGCUUUGCUAUCAAUCACAAUUUCAAAAGAUAAUUCGCAGGGAACAAAAAGAUUUUAUAGAUCGAAUGGUUUGCCCUCUAUCUACAGCAAAUAAUGAUGCUCUUUUAGAGAACAUUCUUGUGAUGAUUGUUUGCAUAUUGAAUCGGAUCCCUGUUUUUAUUAUUGGCGCCCCCGGCAGCUCAAAGUCACUGGCAGUACGACUUAUUAGCUCAAAUCUUCGAGGAGCAGAUUCAGAUGAUGAAUAUUUUAAGACAUUACCACAGAUGUAUUUCAUACCACAUCAAGGUUCAGCUUCAUCAACUUCAGCUGGUAUCCUAAAGGUUUUCGAUAAAGCAGAAACUUAUCAAAAAACAAGUUCAGAAGCAUUUCCUGUACAAGCCGUUGUCCUUCUUGAUGAAGUCGGCCUAGCAGAAACUAGUCGAUUUAAUCCCUUAAAAGUUCUUCACGCUCUCUUAGAACCCGGUUUCUCUAAAGAUGACUCUAUCGAAAGUUCAAAAAUAUCAGAUAUUACACAAGAACCUGCGGUUUCUGGCCUAAAAGAUCCUAUGGAAGGUUCAUCAGUAUCAGCUACUAGUAAAAUUGGUCCGUCUAAUAAAGCAGAUUUUAAAGAUGGUCCAACAGUAUCAGUUGUUGGCAUUAGCAAUUGGCGUCUAGACAAUAGUAAAUCGAGCAGAGCGUUGCUCGUGCAACGACCAAAAUUCAACAGUAAUGAUUUAACUUUAACAGCAUCCAUGCUUUUAGGCAACAAAACUAAAAAUGGAAUCGCUGAUCCUAUACUUAGACAACUUGCUGAUGCUUACCUUGAUUAUGAAAAAAAUCAAAAAUAUAAAAACUUUCAUGGUCUUCGCGAUUAUUAUGCAUUGGUGAAAAGUCUGAGUGACUCCGAGCAGACAAUGCAAUCAUUAGAACUAGCACUUAUAAGAAACUUUGGAGGAACUGACCAGACAAAAUUGAUAU